GAGCAGGGUGCAGCAACUGGAGGCGGCGGCGCGUCUGGAGGAGGCUGCAGCAGCCGAGGAGCAGAGCCCAGGUGGGAGCCCGCGGCGCCUGAGCAAGCCUUCCCGUCCCCGAGGCUCUGGGAAACGGUCCGAGGGCGCCCUGGGGACUGAGCUCUCGGCACCAUGAACCCGGCAAUCGGCAUCGCUGUCCUGCUGACAGUCUUGCAGAUGGCCCGCGGGCAGACGGUGACGAGCCUGACGGCCUGCCUGGUGGACCAGAGCCUGCGUCUGGACUGCCGCCAUGAGAACACCACCACCCUGCCCAUCCAGUAUCAGUUCAGCCUGACCCGCGAGACAAAGAAGCACGUGCUCUUCGGCACCGUGGGGGUGCCUGAGCACACGUACCGCUCCCGAACGAACUUCACCAGCAAGUACAACAUCAAGGUCCUCUACUUAUCCGGCUUCACCAGCAAGGACGAGGGCACCUACACCUGUGAACUCCACGUCUCUGGCCAGACUCCCACCAUCUCCAACAAGAACAUCUCUGUCUACAGAGACAAACUGGUCAAGUGUGAGGGCAUCAGCCUGCUGGCCCAGAACACCUCGUGGCUGCUGCUGCUCCUGCUCUCCCUGCCCCUCCUCCAGGCCACGGACAUCAUUUCCCUGUGACUGGUGGGGUCCACGGAAGAUACUGGAAGCCACUCUGCCCAGUCCAGAGAUCCCACUUCUCUGUGUCAGGACCCCUCACCCCACCCCCUCACACACCUUGGGGAGAAAUGGGGACCCCACCCCUUAUAAAGAACCCCAGUGCUGCAUGCCAUGAUCUACCCACUCCCCACUGCCUCCUCACACCCUCUCCGCACGCCACUGGCUGUCUUUCGUACUCUUUGUUCCAGAGCUGCUUCUGUCUGGUUCAUUUAGGGUUUAUCCUUCCUUUUCUUUAAGAGUUGUGAAAAGCGAAGCCAGGGUUGGGGACCUGGUAGAGAGUGAGGGGAUGGAAGGGGUCGUGGGAUGGAGGGGUACCUAGACCCUGGGAGCCACCCUUGCCCACCAGAGGUCAGAGGCUGGGAGUCGAUGAAGGAGAGGGGCGGGUGUUUGGGCCUAACACAAUGGGGCCUGUGCCAAGACCCCCAGAUGCAAAGAUACUGCCACACACAGGGCUCAUCAUGUGAGGGAGAGAACUGGCUAUCUCCAAGAGCAUUUCAGCCAUAGCAAAAAAGCUGCCCUCUGUCUACUGCAGAAACCCUGACGCUUGGGCCAGGGGCACGAGCCAGUGAGCAAUGCUAAUGGUGGGCUGGAGAAAGGGGUAGAAAGUAAGGGUCCUUCACCCCUCCCUACCUAAGGAAGCUAAAAAUGUGAGAUGGUGGCAGAAGAGGACAGGCCCCCUGGCAGGCUGUCCCAAGCCCCUAAGAGCUUCCAGAACUCUGACCUGGGGCCACUAAGUCAGGCUGGGUGGAGGCCCAGAGCCCUGCAGAGAUUGGUCCAAGGGUUUCCAUGGGAGGCUUUUGUUUCCCUCUCCCAUCAGUACCAGCCCCUUCUGGCUGGUCUGAGCCCCUCAGACAGCCCCCUGCCCACAGGCCAGCCUUCUCAGGGACCUGUGGGGGGCCUCAGGGAGGCCCCAGGGUGA